AUGGAUGCACAUCGUAAACACCAGGUAUCGUUGCGAGGAGCGAGUGCGAAGGAGAUUACGCGAGAUGAUCUUCUUCAGAAGGUUUCGCGAGAAAGAGAACUGCGUAAUUAUGCAAAACGUGCUGCUGCUGCUGCUCUUUUCGUUCAGAGCGUUUGGAGGCGCUUCAAGGUUACAAAGAUGGUUACUCUGCAGCUUCAGCAGGAGUGGGAGACAUCGGUGAAUAGUUAUACUGGGGUGAUGAGUGCAAAUUGGAUUUCAAACAAUUUGUUGAGGCCAUUUCUGUUCUUUGUGACCCGCUUCUCAAAUCGGCAUCAAAAGGUUCAUAGCAAGAAAAUAGAUUCUAUGAGGAUGUGCUUUACAAUCUUAUUGAAAAGCCUGAAUUCUUCUGAUUCAAAGCUGAACUAUUGCUUUUUGGCAAUUGGUACUACUGAAGAGAGAAUAAUUUGGCGUUACCAGGCACAUCGACUUACUUCUCUUGGUUUUUCGAUUCUUUCAGAGUUUAGUGAAUGCAAUUCAGGGGCUCAAGAUAUUACUAUUGUUACAUCUCUAGCAAUGCGUAUUCUUGUUAUGUUAACUGAUCUAAAAGGAUGGAAAGGCAUUCCAGAUGACAACCGCUUAGAUGCAGACUUAGCCGUGAAAGGUUUAGUUGAGUUCACAGCGAGUAGUAAAAGUGGCAGUUAUGUUUCUAUUGCCAGAUAUAUUAGUGCAUUGGAUAAUUACUCUUCCCAAAUGAAAGUUGUCAUCCAGGCUGAUGAGAAGUUUUUUAUUACUGCAAGUGCAAUAAGUUUAGCUGUGCGGCCCUUUUCUCUGACAAACUUUGAUAGAGAAAGGCCUUGUAUGCUGAAUGGCAACCAUGCUGCUAAGCAGUAUAUUUUACAUCUAAUGACUAUUCCUUUGCUAGUGCAACAUAUCCCACCUGUUCUUUUACCUGCUUUAAAACACAAAUCGAUUAUGUUCACAUGUUUGCAGGCACUAUUGGUGAUGACAGAUUUUGAAAGAGGACGUUUUAUGGAGAUGUCAGAGUUGGUUAAGUCAGAAAUUCUCGUCUCUUUCAAGGCUAUUCCACCAGUUGGUUGGUCUCUAGCGAACUUUAUAUGUCUAGCAACAGGGAAGGAAAAUGAUCAUGUAGAUUCCGAAUCCUUCAAUCAAGGUUUAGACUGUGCAUUGUAUGUCCAUGUUAUUGUCAUUCUAACAGAAAGCCUACUGGCUUGUCUUGAUAAUAUUGAAUGGCUCAAAAAGAAGAAAUCUCUCCAAACUGAUGCCGAAAGUUCAACCCACGAGUCGUUAAUAAUGUCAUACAUGGAUCAAUUUAGGCCUGUCUGUCAGCAAUGGCAUCUCACAAAUCUUUUGGCAUCAGUGAAUGGAGAUGCCUCCAACAAGGCUGAGACUUCGAUCUCAAACAGUCUGGAAUAUUUGGGGAAGCUAGAUCUGUGUGAUGUUGCACUUUUUUAUUCUAACUUACUUAGAGUAUUUUCAGCCUUGAGUCCAAUUCGUGGAGCUUUACCAGUUCUUAACAUGCUAUCAUUUACUCCUGGAUUUCUUGUGAGACUGUGGGGUGAACUUGAGGAUUCCUUUUUCUCUGAACACAAACAUAUGUCGGAUAAUCACUCAAGUGAAAGUGGAAAUCAUAAAGCUUUUGAGAAGAUACCAAAACAGGCAAGUAAAGAUGGGGCCACUAAGUGGGUCAGCGUACUUCAUAAAUUUACAGGUAAGUCACAAACCGCAACAGACUGCAGAGAUCCCGUUGGCAGUCACUCUGCACCUAGCAAAGUGAAUUUAGAACCAUCAGAUGUAUGGGACAUAGAACCUAUGAGGAAGGGCCCACAAGGCAUUCCAAAAAGUAUGUUUGCUAUGCUUCAUCUUUUCUGUGCAACCUAUUCUCACCUGCUUUUAGUUCUUGAUGACAUAGAGUUUUAUGAGAAACAGGUUCCAUUCAAGUUAGAGCAGCAAAGGAGAAUUGCAUCAAUGCUUAAUACCCUAGUCUAUAAUGGCCUGUCUCAUGUUAAUGGUCGUCAUAAUAGGCCCCUCAUGGAUUGUGCUGUCAGAUGCUUACAUUUAAUGUAUGAAAGGGAUUGCAGACAUCCAUUUUGUCCUCCUGAUUUGUGGCUUUCUCCUGCUAGAAAAAAUCGGCCACCAAUUGCAGUUGCUGCUAGAACUCAUGAAAUUAUUUCGGCCAACCUGAGAUCUGAUGAUUCAUCAUCUUCCCCGAGUCUAGGUUCUGUUAUCACUGUGACUCCCCAUGUUUUCCCAUUUGAAGAAAGAGUGGAGAUGUUUCGUGAAUUCAUCAAGAUGGAUAAAGCCUCACGCAGAAGGGCUGGUGAAAUCUAUGGACCUGGUUCACGAGCCAUUGAUAUUGAAGUACGCCGGGGGCAUAUUGUUGAAGAUGGAUUUCAACAAUUAAACUCACUUGGGUCAAAGUUGAAGUCAUCUAUCCAUGUCUCAUUUGUCAGUGAAUGUGGCCUUACGGAGGCUGGUCUAGACUACGGUGGAUUAUCGAAAGAGUUUUUGACUGACAUAUCAAAAGAAGCAUUUACCCAUGAAAACGGGCUUUUUUCCCAAACCUCAACUUCAGAUAGCCUCCUAAUUCCCACUGCUUCUGCAAGAUUUUUGGACAACGGUCUUCAGAUGAUUGAGUUCCUUGGAAGAAUAGUUGGUAAAGCUCUUUAUGAAGGAAUAUUACUUGAUUACUCUUUCUCGCAUGUUUUUGUACAAAAGCUGUUGGGACGAUAUAGCUUUCUUGAUGAAUUAUCAACACUUGAUCCAGAGCUAUACAGGAGUCUUAUGUAUGUCAAGAAUUAUGAUGGUGAUGUCAAGGAGCUCUUUUUUGACUUCACAGUUACUGAAGAAUCAUUUGGCAAAAGGCAUGUGGUUGAGCUCAAGUCUGGGGGCAAAGAUAUUUCUGUGACAAAUGAAAACAAGAUGCAGUACAUACAUGCGAUGGCAGACUACAAACUCAACCAACAGAUAUUUCCAUUUUCAAAUGCAUUUUAUAGAGGGCUAACCGAUCUUAUAUCGCCAUCCUGGUUGAAAUUAUUCAAUGCAAGUGAAUUUAAUCAGUUGCUUUCAGGUGGUCAUUACGAUAUUGACGUUGAUGAUUUUAAAAAUAAUACACGAUACACUGGUGGUUACAAUGAGGGGAGCCGGACAAUCAAAAUCUUUUGGGAGGUGAUUAAAGGCUUUGAACCUAAAGAGCGCUGUAUGGUUCUUAAAUUUGUCACCAGUUGCUCUCGUGCUCCAUUACUAGGGUUCAAACACUUACAGCCACCUUUUACCAUUCACAAGGUUGCAUGUGAUGUUCCUCUUUGGGCAACAUUUGGAGGACAAGAUGUAGAGCGGCUUCCAUCAGCUUCAACCUGCUACAACACCCUUAAGCUUCCAACAUACAAACGCCCAGGAACUUUGAGAACAAAGCUUCUAUAUGCUAUCAAUUCAAACGCCGGAUUUGAACUUUCUUGA